GAAUUAAACAACAAUAGCAACAACAACAACAAUAAAAACAACAAUAACACCAAGAUUCAACAACAGAGAUACAUGAAAUAUUCAAACUAACUAAAAGCAAGGCAAUUCAUAAGAAAAUUCCUGAAAAUCCAAAGCACAACUCGGCAGUCAGUUGCUGCUGGCGGGCAUAUGACGCUAAUGGAGCAUCGCCUGGCCAAGCAACCACUGGCACCACCCGCUGCAAUGCUAGCCAAACUGUGGCCUUGGCUGCGGCAUGAGGCGUGGCCGUGGCUGCAUAAAUCAAACAUGGACUACACCUCGCUCGUGUGCUGCGGUCUGGCUUUCGUCUUAUAUUUGAACACGCUUAAUGCGGGAUUUGUCUAUGACGACAGACGCGCAGUUCUGGCUAAUGCGGACGUCUCUGGUGGCUCGAGCUGGCAACGCAGCUUUGGCAAUGACUUUUGGGGCACGCCUCUGACGGACAGCGGUUCGCACGGCUCCUGGCGGCCGCUGACUGUGCUGAGCUUCCGUUUGAACUAUCUGCUGGCCGGCGGCUUUGCGCCCUGGGGCUUUCAUUUGGGCAACAAUUUGCUGCACUGUGUUGCCACCGCGCUGGUGGUGCGCGUGGCGCGCACACUGCUCGCCUCCUUCUGGGCGGUGCUGGCCACGGGCGCCCUAUUCGCCGCCCAUCCCAUCCACACAGAGGCGGUGGCUAGCGUGGUGGGACGCGCUGAUGUGGCGGCCUGCGUUUGCUAUCUGCUCACGUACCUCAGCUAUUUGCGGCACAUGCGUUGGCGCGAGUCGGCCGAUCCACGCCAGUGGUUGGCGCUGGCCACCACGCUGCUAUUCUCUAUAGCGGCGCUGCUCUGCAAGGAGACGGCCAUAACAGCGCUGCUCGUCUGUGCGGCAUUCGAUGUGAUGCGCGGCCUAAGCGGACAGGUGGACAAGCAACGCCUGCGCUCGCUGUUCUUUGUGCUUGGUGCGCUCGGCUGCAGCGUCUACUACCGCCUGAUCGUGGUGCCUGGACCACAGAGCGCCUUCUCGAGCGCCGACAAUCCUAUCGCACGCACCGCCUCCACCUGGACGCGUCUGCUGACCUUCCUGCACCUGCCCGUUGUCAAUUUGAAGCUGUUGCUGCUGCCUCAGGUGCUCAGCUUCGAUUGGGGCAUGGAUGCGCUGCCACGCGUCACAACGUUGUGGGAUCGACGCAAUGCUCAGUCCGCCUGCCUCUACACCGUGCUGCUGGGCGUGGCCUGGCGUGGCUGCAAGGUGCUGCUGCACAGCGGCGAGCUGGCCGAUGUGGCCGGAUCGAGCGGCAGCAGCUAUCCACAAUAUCAUAUACAGAAGGUGGGACGCAAGUCACGCGCAAAGCGCAAGCGACUGGCCAACAACAACAACAACAAUAGCAACAGCAACAAGUACCAAGCCUUCGAGGCGGCCUAUCAUCAGGAGGCGCUGCCCUGCAGCGACUGCAACAACAACAACGGCGUCUAUGUCUAUGGCGAUGCGACGCAGCAACAGCAACAUCCGCACACGCAUCCGCAGCAACAUGCAGCACAUGCGCCGCAUCAACUAGUGUCUUCCGCCGUCAGCCUCGCCCUGCACAAGGCCUUCCGUGGCUCGCGCAGCAGCAGCAGCUGCAGCAACAGCACCACGGCCAGCAACAAGAGCAGCGGCAGCAGCAGCAGCAGCGCCAGCAACAGCUCCAACUGCAGCAGCAGCAGCAGUAGCAGCAACAGCAGCUGCUGCAGCAACCGCUCCUGCCCCAACUCCUGCCCCAACUCCUCGGACUACAUGCUCGGCGGCAUGUCUGUGGCGGCGCGCAACUCUUGCAUCCUGCUCAUGUCGUGCGCCUUCCUCACGCUCCCUUUUCUGCCAGCGAGCAAUCUCUUCUUCUACGUGGGCUUUGUGGUCGCUGAGCGUCUGCUGUACCUGCCCAGCGUCGGCUUCUGUCUGCUCGUUGGCUAUGGCGUCUCCAAGCUGCUGGAUCGCGACUCUCGCACUCGCCGCCUCCUGCUGCUCAUCGGCCUGGGCAUGCUGCUCGUUUCGUUCAGUGUGCGAACUGUGCAACGCAACGCCGACUGGCGGGACGAGGAGAGUCUCUUUCGCAGCGCCAUCACAGUCAAUCCGCCAAAAGCGCUGGGCAAUUUGGGCAGUGUGCUGAGCUCCCAGGCGCGCUACGAGGAGGCCAAGCAGGUGCUGCAGGAGGCCAUACGGUACAGGCCCAACAUGGCGGACGUUCACUUCAAUUUGGGCAUUUUGCAUCAGAAUCAGCAGGACUACAAGUCAGCCGUCGAGUGUUUUCAGCGCGCCAUCAAAUUUCGGCCAAGCCUGGCAGUGGCCUAUCUGAACCUGGGCAUAUCAUUCAUUGCGCUGGGCAAGCGUCAGCAGGCCAUCGAAAUUCUGCAGUUGGGCGCCACGCUGGAGGGUGCAACGGUACGCGAUCGCAGCGCACACGACCAGGCCAGAAGCUCGGCGUAUCUGCAGCUGGGCGCACUCUAUGUGGAGCAGGGCAAGCUGCAGCGUGCAUUGGCCACCUACCGCGAGGCGUUGUCCUCGCUGCCCGCCCUCGUGCAGCAGCGCGAGGUGCUCUACCAGCGCAUUGGCGACGUCUUUGGCCGGCUGCAGCAAUGGGACGAGGCGGAGCGGCAUCAUCGCGCCGCGCUCGAGCUGCAGCCCAACCAGGUGGCGGCACACCUCAGCUAUGGCAUAACACUCGCACGAAAUAGCAGUCGCGCCUCGGAGGCGGAAAUGUGGUUCAAGCGCGCACUGAAACUGGCGCCGGAGCAGGCCAGCGUCUAUCACCAUUAUGCUGAAUUCCUGUCGCUGCAGUCGCGACAUCACGAGUCCGCCGUCUAUCAUCGACGUGCCGCGGAGCUGGCGCCCACGGACUAUGCCCUGGUGGUGGCAGCGGCCACCUCGCUGCGUCUGCUCGAUCGCAAGGUGGAGGCGGAGCUGUGGUAUCGCAAGGCUGUAGCUCUACGGCCCGAUGAUGCGCACGCCCACACCAAUCUGGGCGCCAUUUUGCAUCUGCUGGGGCGCACAAAUCAUGCGGCGGCUAGUUACAAGGCGGCGCUGCGGCUGCAGCCCGGAGAUGCCAUUACGCUGGGCAAUCUGGCCAAGCUGGGCGUGACGAAUGUCUAGCCCCAUCAAGCGCAUAACGUUAAUUAGCCAGAUAUACAAAGGAGAACAGAAUGGAACAUAGAAAGAAAAUCAAUGUUAUUUUUAUAUAAGCGCAGGCCCGUUGCAGCCGCUAGAUAACUCUACAGAAUUUAUACGAUGGACUACGAUACAUAUGUGUAUGUAUAUCAUUUAGCAGCAGGAACAGCAUGUAAAUAACCAAAACGCAGCGACCAAAGAAUGUCAAAAAAGUUAAAGAAUUUAAGCAGAGAGCCGAACGAACAGAAAGAGACGACAUGCAGCAGCUGCAGCAGCAGUAGAGACAGAGAGAACAAUAAUUAAACUACCUAAAUGUUAAGUAAGAGGCGAAAGCGAAAGCCGGCAACCGGAUGCAGAUGCUGUACAGUGAAUAUAGCCGUAGCGAACUAUCAAAGCAAGUUUAUCGAAUUAUCGAUCAUCGAUCAAAAUCAGUAUGGAUAACCGAAAGUAAAUAAUCUGAAGGCUAAAUGUCGAUAUAUCGAGUUCAAGAUGAAAUCGAUCACCAUCACGCUAUCGAUCAUCCAAUAUCGACAUAUCGAUAACGACAUUUUGUGUACUUUAUGUGCUUAAUAUGAAUGUAAAUUUAUGUAAAUAUACAAAAACCAAAAUACAAUACAAAACGAAGAAAAUCCCAAAACAGAUAUAUUAUAACGAUUAUUGAUUAUAUAUAUAUAUAUAUAAAUGUAUAUGUAUGACUGUAUAUGGACUAUGCCUAAACAUUGUGGUGGCUUUUGGUCGAGCCGAGCGGCUCGCAAUUUGUUUUUUGCGUUAUGUGUACAUUUUAGUUAAGCGAAAACCAAAAAUAAUUGUAAAAA